AUGGCGGCAUUGACGUCACUGGCGUCAGGAUCGACCACCCAUCCCGCCAAGAGCAAAACAAGUUUCUUGAGCCCAAACAGCGCACAAGACGAAGAAAACAAGGCUAUGAUUCAAGCCUACGUUCUACAAGAAGGUCCUCCACAACUACGGUACGACUGUGUCAUUGAAGAAACUAUCGAGAUGCCUUUGUUCCAUUCACGACGGGACGAGCCUGUUGAGCCGGUCAUCGAAGAGCCCGUAGCCAAAAAGCACGGCCUCUUCCACAGCCGCCGGGACCCGUCCCCAGCGCGAACCGCCUCCACGACGCCGUCCUCUGGCACCGGUCACGAUCUCCGCAACCAUGGCAGCAAUCGAGGCAGCUUCUUCCGGCGCAGCCACGACGACGCCACCACCGCCGUCAACGACGACCCCUCGCCGAAGCGCAGCCCAAGCCUGCUGCACAAGGGCCUCCACCGGAUGGGCGUGGGCAGGGACGACGAGCGCGACCUGGACCCGAGCAUCCUCCGCGCGCGGGAGCACGUCAUGAGCGCCGAGGCGGCGGAGGAGGAGGCGGACCGGGCGCUGGACGCGGCGCGGCGACGGGUGGGCGAGGCGCGGGAGCACGUCCGGCGGCUGGAGGAGGAGACGGCGGAGGAUGCGCGGCGGGCGCGGAUCAAGCAGCACCACGCGGCCGAGGUUUCGAAGCGCGGCAAGGUUUUGGGACGUCAUGGUCUCUGA